GGGCUAGUUUCAGUUGGGUUAUCUACAGUCACAAAACAACCCUAAAGAAGUAUUCUAGAACUAGAAGAAAACAGCAGAAGAAUGAAGUGUGUUGUAUCUGUGCUAGUGUUGCUGUUUUCCUGUCUACCUGGGGCAUGGCCUCAGCAAGACAGGGAUGAUAGUGUGAAAAACAUUCAAGAAACAUGUCAACCUGACAUCCAUACUGUUCUGAGAGAGAUGACUGCUUCCAUGGCAGAGCAGAGAACAGAGCUGAAACAGACACAGGCACAGCUGCAAACUUUACUGGACCAACUGAAAACCACUGAAAGCCAAAUGGAGGAAGUAAGAAAACAGAAUAGAGAGCAGUCAAAUGUGGCCUUUGCAGCAUCUUUGGGAGUGCGUGGAAAUACUGGACCCUUCAACACAGAUACUACGGUGGCCUACAGAAACAUCUUCACCAACACUGGCAACGCUUACAAUUCAAACACAGGGAUCUUCACAGCACCAGUGAGAGGACUUUACUACUUUAGCUUCUCCGGUUGUAACCAAUCCUCCAAACCAAUGGGUCUGCAGCUGUUUAAGAAUGGGGUCAAGCAGGUCACUGUGUACAACCAUGCUGGAGGAACCACCUAUGAGACUUCCACCAAUGGGAUCACACUGGAACUGUAUGUGGGAGAACAGGUCUACAUCCGCCUACUGGCUAAUACAUGGCUUGCUGAUAGUGAGAACAACCACAACACUUUCAUUGGCCAUCUGCUUUUCCCACUCAUUUGAGUGGCAAUCCGACUCCAUGAUGUGUUAUCUUCACAAUGUAUUGUGCAUUCUGGUGAGAUAUAAGAGAACUCAAUAAAGCAGCAGCCAUUAAAUUC